AUGUAUGGCAUCAAGGUGGAAGCUCCCACACAGCAGAUUGCCUUGGAGCAAAGUCAAACGGAUCGUCGAAAAAUGCCCUUCAAUCCGAUUGAGAUUAAUAUCCAACCCAACGAAGUUGUCAAAGCCACGAUUGGCCGCUUACACUUUGCCGAAACCACAGCCAACAACAUGCGCAAGAAAGGCCGGACAAAUCCUGAUCAACGGUAUUUUAAUCUUAUCGUCACUGUGGCGGCCGAAGCUGGUGGCCAGCUCUAUGCCAUCGCCAGUCACCGCUCGCAGAAUAUCAUCGUUCGAGCGUCAAAUCCUGGGCUAUUUGAGAGCGAUACUCCCGUGCGUUGGAGUCGUGGUCAAGUGAACCAAUCCGUCUAUUACGAUGGGCACGUCGGCGUCAUGAUGGACAAUCCAGAUGAGGCCUUGUGCGUUCGCGGUAACAUUCGCCUCAGCGGUGCCAUCCUGCAACCUUCAGAUGCCCGAAUCAAGCGUGACAUUCAGCACAUGGACACAGCCAAGGCUUUGCAGAACAUUGAGCGCAUCCCUCUUCACUCUUAUCGCCUCAAUGGCCAAUGGGCGGCAACCUGUGGCGAGGAUGCCAACCGCACUCAGUACGGUGUCGUGGCACAAGAACUCAAAGCGGUUCUACCCGAUGCCGUGCGUGCUGGGCCCAGCGUCACAUUGAACGAUGGUCAGGAGGUGACCAACCUGCUAGUGGUCGACAAGGAACGCCUCUUCACUGAGGCGCUGGCUGCCGUGCAGCAACUCACCACCCUCAACAGGCAGCUCCAUAAGCGCGUAGAGUCACUGGAGCAACGCCUUCGUUGA